GGCAUACAGAGGGACAGCCUUCUAGCACGUGACUCCUGGUGCUUGAUUCAGCUCGAAACUGCCUUAUCUGCAAUCCAAAAAGCCCUGCAACCAGAAGUUGUUUUGUCAAUAUGCUGCAAACUCGUUUGGCCCCCAAAAUCUGACCUGAGCUGACGCGAGGCUCUUUGUAAUCUUUACUCACCCCACUUGUGUGAAUAUUCAUAUGUUCCACUGCAGAAAUAUGAAUGUGUUCCAUUGCAGGUGUUGCCUGAGGCUCCACUGAAGCUAUGGCAUAAUUUGCAGAAUUUGCACUUCAUUACUUUUCUGAAAUUCAAACAAAUUCUGAAACUGCACGAGUUCUGGCUGAGAGCUGUGGAUCUGUGCAUUUUGAUGGUGACAGUGCCUACGUGGGGAUGAGUGACGGAAACCCAGAGCUCCUGUCAACCAGCCAGACCUACAACGGCCAGAGCGAGAACAACGAAGACUAUGAGAUCCCCCCGAUAACACCUCCUAACCUCCCGGAGCCAUCCCUCCUGCACCUGGGGGACCACGAAGCCAGCUACCACUCGCUGUGCCACGGCCUCACCCCCAACGGUCUGCUCCCUGCCUACUCCUAUCAGGCCAUGGACCUCCCAGCCAUCAUGGUGUCCAACAUGCUAGCACAGGACAGCCACCUGCUGUCGGGCCAGCUGCCCACGAUCCAGGAGAUGGUCCACUCGGAAGUGGCUGCCUAUGACUCGGGCCGGCCCGGGCCCCUGCUGGGUCGCCCGGCAAUGCUGGCCAGCCACAUGAGUGCCCUCAGCCAGUCCCAGCUCAUCUCGCAGAUGGGCAUCCGGAGCAGCAUCGCCCACAGCUCCCCAUCACCGCCGGGGAGCAAGUCAGCGACCCCAUCUCCCUCCAGCUCUACUCAGGAAGAGGAGUCGGAAGUGCAUUUCAAGAUCUCGGGAGAAAAGAGACCUUCAGCCGACCCAGGAAAAAAGGCCAAGAACCCGAAGAAGAAGAAAAAGAAGGACCCCAAUGAGCCGCAGAAGCCCGUGUCGGCCUACGCACUCUUCUUCAGAGACACUCAGGCCGCCAUCAAGGGUCAGAACCCCAGUGCCACUUUCGGUGACGUGUCCAAAAUCGUGGCCUCCAUGUGGGACAGCCUGGGAGAGGAACAGAAGCAGGCCUACAAGAGGAAGACAGAAGCAGCAAAGAAGGAAUAUCUGAAGGCCCUGGCAGCCUACCGGGCUAGCCUCGUCUCCAAGAGCUCCCCAGAUCAAGGUGAGACCAAGAGCACUCAGGCAAACCCGCCAGCCAAAAUGCUCCCACCCAAGCAGCCCAUGUAUGCCAUGCCAGGCCUGGCCUCCUUCCUGACGCCGUCGGACCUGCAGGCCUUCCGCAGUGGGGCCUCCCCGGCCAGCCUCGCCCGGAUGCUGGGCUCCAAGUCUCUGCUGCCAGGCCUCAGUGCGUCCCCGCCGCCGCCACCCUCCUUCCCACUCAGCCCCACACUGCACCAGCAGCUGUCACUGCCCCCUCACGCCCAGGGCACCCUCCUCAGUCCACCUGUUAGCAUGUCCCCAGCCCCCCAGCCCCCUGUCCUGCCCACCCCCAUGGCACUCCAGGUGCAGCUGGCGAUGAGCCCCUCACCUCCAGGGCCACAGGACUUCCCGCACAUCUCUGAGUUCCCCAGCAGCUCGGGAUCCUGCUCACCUGGCCCAUCCAACCCCACCAGCAGUGGGGACUGGGACAGCAGCUACCCCAGUGGGGAGUGUGGCAUCAGCACCUGCAGACUCUGCAGAGGCAGCCUACUGCCCGCCACCAGCCCAAAGAACCUGCAGGAACCUUCUGCCCGCUGACCUGCUUGCUCCAGGGUAACUGUGGACCCUGUCCUCGCCCUGCGCACUGUACCCUAUGUCUGGACACCCGGCCCCAGCUCCAGCCCCAGCCCACGUGGGCUGCCCCUGGCGGGGUCGCUUACCAACGGACACCCACCCCAGAUGCAUGGGCCAGAGGGCCGGCCCCCAGCAUAGACGUGCACAUCGGUUUUCCAGUGUGAACAAAAGAUUACGAAACCUAGAAACUGUUGGUUCCGUGUAAGUAGUUGACUACGUGUUUUAGAACUGUGCUGAAGACAUCUGUAAGACUAUUUUGUGGGGAAAAAAAGUAGUUUCCUUUAAGGUAAAAAGCAUUUUAUAUGAUCCUUAGCACAUUUUUAAGUUUUAUCUUAAGGGAGACGUGCACAAAAGCGGCUGCCAAACCAUUUCGUCAUCCUCACAGCAAGGACCGGACGCUUGCGAGCCACCCCGGAGCACUGCUCUCCUUUUAAUCAUGUAUUCAUCUAUUUUAAAUUGCCGGCAACGACUUUUGUCUAUUUAUGAAGAAACCUUGAGAACAAAGUUACAGCUUAUCCUACCGUGUGUGUGGUUUUGGGGUUUCGUUUGGGUUUGGGUUCUUGACGUCGUUUGCAGCUGUUUCCUGGCCCUGGCGAGUGUCUGUCUUGGUGCCCAGUGCUUCUCUCAAAUCUCUUUAUAAUAAAACUUCUGAAAAGCUGAAAACAA